GCACUUUUUCAGACGUGACUCAGUCACACCAGAGCACCCUACGGCUGCCUGGAAGCUCACCGUUUUUGAGUUGAGAGGUGGCCGAUCUUUUUGAACUGCCAUCAUACGAUUAUCCUUCCCUGCUGGAUCGAAGGUCUUCUCUGCCAUGUCAGACCCAAACUCGUCCAACCCCACUGGUGUUGCGAUCGCACCUCUGAAUCCAACAGCCGCAUCCUUCAGCAUGCCCUCCCAGAACGAAAGCACCCUCGCCAACGGCGCCGCAACGCCAUCCCCUUCCUCUAGUGGCGCAGCCGAUCGACCCAAGGACUCGAAAAAGUCCAAGCCCCCUCGACCCGAUCCGACCCCUCGAACGACGACAGAACAAAACAUGGCCGAAGCAGGCGCCGGUGUCAAACUAACGGGCGCGGAACUCAAGAGACAAAAGGCCGCCGAAAAAGCCGCCAGGAGAGCUGAAAAGGUUGCACAGAAGGGGUCGGAAGCACAAGCCCAGAAUGCGAGCAGCUCAAGCCUGAAGCCACCAGACUCUCAACAACGCCGUCCCUCGACAACGAAACGUGAAAGUGACACGGGAAGCACCCAACACAAGCGCACGCUGUCGUCGAGUGGCGGCAAGGGUCUUCCCCUGCGUCCGAACCAGCAGCAAAGCCAGCAACAAACGUCCACAGCCACCAGCGAGAAACUCAAGCACACCGAGUCCAAGCGGGUGAGCAUGUUCUCACACUUGUAUCCGAAGGAGAAGCGAGCCAGUCUGGCCAGUGCAGGCCGGGAGAUUCACCCGGCGGUUCUCUCUCUGGGGCUUCAACUGCGCGACUAUGUGAUUUGUGGCGGCAACGCACGCUGCGUGGCUACACUCCUGGCUUUCAAGAAGGUCAUCCAGGCGUACACGACACCUCCGGGCGUUGCACUCUCGAGACAUUUAUUGACACAUCUUAACCACCAAAUCGCAUACCUUCGCAACGCUCGGCCCCUGAGCAUGUCUCAGGGCAACUCCAUCCGGUGGCUGAAGAAUCUGAUCUCGACGCAGCCGGUGGACGCGACGGAUAGUGAGGCCAAGAAGAGUCUCUGUCUUGAGAUAGAUCGGUUUAUCCGUGAGCGUAUAACUUUGGCCGAUGAAGUCAUUGCGCGCGAAGCCGGCAGUAGGAUUGACAAUGGCGACGUUAUCCUAACGUAUGCGAAGAGCAGUGUUGUUGAGAAGACCUUGAUUGCCGCGCACCGGGCCGGUAAAGACUUUCGAGUUAUUGUCGUUGACAGUCGACCAAUGUUCGAGGGGAAGAACCUGGCCAGGUCCCUCGUCCGGGCGGGGCUCAAGGUACAGUAUUCAUUGCUCAACGCGUUGAGCGAGGUGGUGGACCAGGGCACCGGAAUCGUGACCAAGUGUCUACUGGGUGCAAGUGCGAUGCUCGGCAACGGCGCGCUCCAAGCACGUGCGGGCAGUGCGGUGGUCGCGAUGAUGGUCAAGGAGUGCAACCAGAACCGCAGUCGAAAUGUGCCCGUCAUUGUCCUCUGUGAGACGGUCAAGUUCACGGCCAAAGCGGCGCUGGACAGUGUGAUCAUGAACGAAGUCGGUGAUGCCGACGCGCUGGUCGAAGUACACGAGUCCAACGUACUGAGUUCCACUGCGGCGGCGGCGGUGAAGAAACAAGAUCAGAAUGCGAAGAGCGGAAAGAAAGGCGCGACGAAGGACAAGGACGACGAGGACGAGGACAAGUUGGGUGGUUCGACCAAGGGGUUGGAAGGGUGGAAGGAACAGCAGGGCUUGUACCUGUUGAAUCUGAUGUACGAUGUGACACCGGCCGAGUAUCUCGAUGCAGUGGUGUGCGAGCUUGGAAGUCUGCCGCCCAUGGCUGUCCCUGUCGUCAACGGCGUCCACGGGGAUGACCAGGCUUUGGCAUGAUGAAAAUUCUCAUCCGUAGGGCAUGAGUACAGGGAGGGAAAAGAGGGUUAGCAGCUUUUUGCAGGAGAUAUCAGUCAUGAGCGUCGUCGUCACCUUCAGCAUCAACAUCAUCAAACGAAUGCUAUGAACCUGGUAUCAAUCGCUCUUCGAAUGAUGCAGUCUUCGAUGCGCAACGCCGUUCUGGGAGGUAGGGGGGACCUCUGGGGGCUUGUUUUCCUUCACCAUGUAUAAGGCAUAGCGAAUCGGUAUCGUGCUUCCGUUCCAAUGUUUUUCAUCAAAUGGCAGCUCAUGUACUAGAGAAUUAGCACACUAAA